AAAAAAAAAAAAAACGAUCCCUUCCUCUGUUGUCUUCCCCACCACUCUCCUCAGGCGCCCGAGCACCUCCCCGCACUCAACCUCGGAUUCGCGCCGCCGUUUCGGCGCCCCGCCGCCCCGGCGGACCCUGCUCGGCCGGAGCCGGACGUGCCUCACGUGGUUGUGUUGUAUAAACCUGCACUCUGAUGAUACGUGUGGUGACCACAGAGACAGUAAAAUUGGCUUUCUGAAAACAAGAGAUGUUUGUUCCUAAAACAGAUAACCAAUCUGAUCUCGAGGGGCCGCAUAGAAACGCUGGGCCGUGGCUGUGCUCCAUUUGCUCGCAGCAAAAUGAUACGAGCUGUAUGUCCUGUGAGGUAUGCGGCGUUCUUCGGGAUUUGUCACUGUAUUUCAAUAACUCCAAUGAACCUGAAGGUGGAGCUAAACGUAGAAACAAGCAUUCUGGUGUAUCUGUACUGGCAAGAUCUCUUUUCGCACCAUCUGGUCCAAAAUCAAAAGCCGUUGUUUUCUCCGAUGGAUUUCGAGGCAACAAAAACGCAACAGGACAUAUGCAAGCUUCCUUGGGUACUCUGCACAAGACAUACAUGACACAUAAGCAGCGCCAUAACAUAGUGCCUUUCAAGUUUGAUAUACCAUCUCCUGAUGACAUGGUCUCUACAGGCUUAAAAUCGUCCAGACAUUUGCGAAAAGCUGUUCCAUCUGUAGAUAUCCCCGGAAAGAUGGUGAUGGGUGAUGAUGAUCUUGUAGUUGAGAAGGAUACAAGUACAGACCCAAGUUCAUCAGUGAAGUUGGAUGAACUUGGUGGAAAUAGUAGCACUGUUGCCGCCAAUACUCAGAACGAAACUCUUAUUUUGGACAAUGAGCUACAACAUUUGAGUUUAGAGAGGAAGCCAAAAAACAGUAAAACCAAGAUUAAGAAGCCAGUUCCUGUUUCACAAUACAAGCCAGAACCGUGGAUGCUACAGGGCGAAGAUCAAGACAUGCCUAGACAACUAAAUCUUGCUAUUGUUGGUCACGUUGAUUCUGGCAAAUCAACAUUAUGUGGUAGGUUGCUGCAUGCCCUGGGUAGAAUUUCAAAAAAGCAAAUGCAUAAGAAUGAGAAAGAAGCGAAAGAAAAGGGAAAAGGGUCGUUUGCAUAUGCUUGGGCAAUGGACGACAGUGCUGAUGAAAGGGCACGUGGCAUUACGAUGAAUGUCGGUGUAGCAUACUUUGACACCAAAAAUUACCAAGUUGUUAUGCUCGACUCCCCUGGUCACAAGGAUUUCGUUCCUAACAUGAUAUCUGGAGUGACGCAAGCUGAUGCAGCUGUCCUAGUUGUUGAUGCCUCUCUUGGAUCAUUCGAGUCAGGCAUGGGCGUUAAUGGGGUUGGUCAGACAAAGGAGCACUCACAGCUUAUUCGAAGCUUUGGUGUCGAGAACUUGAUAGUUGCUGUCAAUAAGAUGGAUUCAGUGGAAUAUUCGGCAGAACGCUUCAAUUAUGUGAAAUCACAACUUGGCAUUUUUCUCCGAUCUUGUGGCUAUAAAGAGUCAGCGAUAACCUGGGUUCCUUUGAGUGCGAUGGAAAAUGAAAAUCUGGUGACAGCAGCUUCAGAUACUCGUCUCUCAUCAUGGUUUCACGGGACUUGCCUUCUGGAAGCAAUUGACUCGUCAGCACCACCUCCUCGUGAUGUUUCAAGGCCACUACGGCUUCCAAUUUGUGAUGUUAUUUCAUCCCAUGUGCUGGGGCAAGUGGCGGUUUGUGGUAAAGUGGUGUGUGGAGCAAUCGGAAGUGAUUCCAAGGUCCUUGUGAUGCCUUCUGGAGAGCUAGCUACAGUGAAAAUCAUCGAGCGGGACUCCUCUCGUCUCAGCUUGGCAAGAGCCGGCGACAACAUUGCGAUUGGACUGCAAGGGAUCGACCCGAUCCAUGUGAUGUCUGGUGGAGUUCUGUGCCAUCCGGAUUACCCCGUGUCGGUGGCGUCUUCCCUGGAGCUGAAGAUCCUGGUGCUAGACAUCACCGUACCUAUACUGCCCGGCCUUCAGUUUGAGCUCCAUGUGCACCACGCGAAGGUGUCGGCGUCCCUGGUGAGAAUCGUGUCACUGCUGGACCAGAAGACUGGCAAAGCCUCAGCGAAGAAGCCGCGGAUGCUCACCGCUAGACAGGCUGCCAUCAUCGAGGUACGUCGCGUUACAUGUGCGCCCUUACAGCAGAUGAGUCUGAAUGAGUGCCUGGUGAUCGUCUGUGGUGCCUGUUUUGUCCAGGUGAAGCUGGAGAGGGAGGUGUGCGUGGAGGAGUUCGCGACCCUCAAGGCCCUGGGCCGGGCGUUCCUGCGGUCGCAGGGGAGCACCGUCGCGGUUGGCGUCGUGCAGGUACAGGGGGAGCGAGCAGAGCAGGCUUCUUAGGGCGCGUUGGUUAGGUCCAUCCUGUAGGAGCAGAGUUGUAUAGACAGACAGACACUCGUCGUCAGGUCAGGGGUGCGUGAACCUGAACGUUUUUGGCGGACCGGACCAGUUUACUUGGCUGGAGGAUCUGGUCGAACUCGAAGCAGCGGCACCCACUCGCUCACUGUUCGCGCACUGCCGCUCCCCGUGCGCGUGGACGGCGGCGGAUUUAUGGGCGCCACGCGCGGGAGGUGACCCUCGCCCGACGGGCCGGCGCCGUGACCCGUGCGGUCUGCUUUUGGGUCGGUGCCUCUGCCGGACGCGGCCGUGCGGUGCGGCCGGCGGAGGUGGUGGUUGGCGCGUCGAGUUCUGGGGAAUCCGAUGUGCAUCCGGAACAGGAGGCGUCCGCGUCUCAUGUGCCUGUAGACAGACACUCAUGAGUGAUGAGGGGAUUCCUCCUGUUGCUGUUGGGUUGGGCGUUGGCGCUGCUGCCGCGUCCGCAUCUCCUGUAGGCAGUCACUGAUGAAUUCCUCCUGUUCCUGUUGGGCGUGGACCGCGUGGCAGCUCGCGCGUAGCAAGCACGAACUUCUGAGUUGUGACUGCUGAACGGUUAAGCGCUGGCCUGAGGAUAUUUCUGCUUGUGAGAGGGCCAUAGCUCACAUGGGUCUUCACGACGACACAUGCGUCCACCAUUAUGCAGCCGAGCUUAGCUGCUAGUACAUUCAUAUAUCUAUCUAUCUCUAUCUCUAAUCUCUACACAUCUAAUAAAAGGAUCGAUGAGAGCUAGAGCUAGAGCUCCGAAUAAUUGAGCCGUACGAACAAUGAUCGAUGUACGUCCCCUCUGCUUGCCCUUGCGCUGCACUGAACUCAACCAUUAUUCUCCUCGUUACCUUAUCUUACUUUAUUAAUCUGAUUGGGCCGUGCUCACUGGCUGGUCGACAUGUCCACGUUGCGAGCUUCACCGUCCGUCCCGUCCGGCCGUCCCCGUCCGUUGAGGUCGUCGCUGAUUUCCUUCCGUCCGACAUGUCCACGUUCAGCACGUCCACCGAUCGAGCUAUCUCAACUGAAGCUAUCGAGCUAGAUACACUAGCACGCUACUUAUAUAUCUCAGUAGAGUGUAAAUGACAGAGACGUUCAGUAUGCCUGCCGGCCGUGUGUGCUACUAUCUAUGUAGUAGUGAGUGCUGACAGGCUUAGGUCACCAGACACGAGCGCACCGUUCCAGCUUCACCAGUUCAGGAUUAGUUAACUCGGCAUCUGCACACAUACAUUUGUUUAACACUUCAAGGCAGCAGCACAGCUCACUUGUUUGCUGCUAGCUACUACUCGUGAUCAGUCACCUUCAAGGAGCUCGUGAUGUACCCGUAAAAAAAUGAUAGAGCUCGUGAUCUCACCGAGCUAGGUGUAUAAUGAUCCCCGGGAGUAGUAUGAUGGCUGCGUCCACGGUGUCGAAAGAACGGAAGGUCGUUGGCUCGCAGCAGUUGGAGUGUUGGGGUGCUGGACCCUGGGAUUUGGACCAUCCAACCGACCGGAUGCAGUCGGAAUCGAAUGGCAUGGACGGAGUGGACCCGUGUCGAUCGAUCUAAGAUUGCCUACGCGCGUAUGUAAUCAUGCCCUUGAUGUCGACGUUCACGCGAUUCACCAAGUUCUAUCUCAGCCACCGAGAGGUGGGGGAAACAUACAGAUCAACAUUGAGGCACCACUUCAGCUCUACUAUGCUAGAUUUGCGCAUUCUUAGCGACAACGUCUCGACGGUGAGGGUGGCGUUGCACAGAGUACAAGUCCACACGGCUGCAUCUUCCAUCCUUAGCUACCGUGAUGACGAUGAUAGUGCCGAGUGAUUUUUUGUCAUGGGCUCACCCGUUUCAAUGUUAUGUGACCACGAUCUUCUUCGUCGACAAAUGUGGCGGAAAAUUAGCGGUUUGCUGACUUCCCAUGCCAGGGUUGUCCCUGGCCAACAGUUUGGUUUUCUGCUUUUGAGUCACCGUGGAAAGUCGAAAACUCGAGAUGUGAAAUAGUAUGAAACCAGAGACGACGACCUCGAAGAACGUUGAUGUAACUUUUAGUUUUAUCGUGGUUUUUUACCAGAGAGGACGACCUCAAAGAACGUUGAUGUAACUUUUAGUUUUA